UUUUAGUUUUUUUGAAACAUUUUUUGUUUGAAUGCGUAUUUGUUACUUUUCGAAAGUUUUUUUUCAACCAGUAUUUCUUGUCUAUUCUGUAUUUUAAUAAUUCUUUUACUAGUCAGAACAAAAUUUUCUGAGAUUGUUUAUACUUUUUCCUUACACUGUAUAUCACUUAUAUACAGCGUUAUAUUUGGAGUUUGUUUCGUAGCUACCGUUUCGGAGAACAUAGAAUCAACGUCAAGGGAAACCAAUUCAGAAAAUAUCGAAGUCGCGAGUGCCGAAUGUGGAAGGGAACGAGAUUUAAGUUAUUUAAACAAUGAAAUUGAGAUUGAUUUUGAAUAUAAUAUUGACCAUACAAACUUUGACCCAAGCUUUGACCAUACAAACUUUGACCCAAGCUUUGACCAUACAAACUUUGACCAUACAGAUGAAAUUAUGCAGGAAUCACACGAAAUACAAACUGAAAGUGAUGGAAACAAAUCCAAUAGAGAAGAUGAGAAAACAAAUGAUAGAACGCAAAAUCAGCUUAGACUACGAUGGGCAAUAACCAAGGCAAUAUCACAUAGGAAGAAUGAAAAUGGGUCUUUAGACCAGAAAAUCAUCAACUUAAAACGGGACAUGAAUAACUCGAUAAGUCAUGUUUUUGACGAACACCGAGAAUGUCAGGAUUUGGGAUAUUUUUGUUACAAGGCCUAUAACGAAAAUAAUGUUUUAAAUGAUUUAAAAUCGACUGAUUUGUACCAGAAACUGUGCACUUUCAAAAAUUAUUUAGUACGCCAUGCUGAGAGUCUAAUCCAUGAUGUGGAAAAUAAUAGCGUUGAACAGUUUAACUCUGUUAUAGCAAAAUUUAUAGGAGGAAAACGAGUUAAUUAUUGCCAACGACGGUCCUAUCAAAGCAGAUGCGCAGCUGCAGUAGUAAGUCACAAUACAAAGAGAGUAAUCUACACGGCACGUAAACAUCUAUCUCCUGGAAAAAGUCCAAGCAAGUUUUCUAAAAAAAUGGAACUCAGAAGGACAGAAAAAAACCGAAAUAGAAAACCCGCCUGUAGAAAACCGUUGUUUUCAAAAAAGAACACUGAAACUGAAGAUAAUAAAAGUUAUGGAGAAAAAUGUGAAAAACCAGAUAUGACAGAUGAAGAAUUGAGACAUGCCAAAAACGAUUUCAAAGAAAGUUUAUGUAGGAGUAGUGAAGACAUAAAAACCAUUGAAGUUUUGACAAGGCAGCAGCAAAAUUCCGAUCUAUGGUAUUUGGAAAGACGAAAACGGCUGACGGCAUCUAUGUUUGGUGUGGUUUGCCGACGAAGGCCUACAACCGGUUGUAAAUCGUUGGUACAAUCUAUUUUAUAUCCCAAAAAAUUUUAUUCGGCUGCAUGCGACUAUGGCAACAAAUAUGAAUCAGUAGCUAGAAAUGCACUAGAAAAACUUAUUGGCAAAAAAAUUGAACCAUGUGGGCUAUUCAUUGACCAAGAACAACAAUUUCUAGCAGCUUCACCAGAUGGUAUAAUUGAGGAAAAGGGUAUUGUGGAAAUAAAGUGUCCAUAUUCUGCAAGGGAAAUGACCCCUGAAGAAGGCAUAAUAAAAAGAAAAAUUACUUUUUGGGACAAAAAUGGUGUAAUCAAUAAAAAACAUAAGUGGUUUUACCAAGUACAGGGCCAAUUACAUGUAGCUAAACGAUUAUACUGUGUCUUCGCUGUGUGGACGCCCCACGGAUUGAAAACAGAAACUAUCCUUGCAGACGAAUCUUUCUGGUCACAUGAAAUGCAGGAUUACCUUGUAGAUUUUUUUGACAAUUGCCUUUUGCCAGAGAUUGUAGAUUCAAGAGUAGCACGUAAUAUGCCUAUCCGAGACAUAAAAAAACAAGUCAUUAAAAGACCUGUAGAGACACCCCUACCUCCCAAACACUUUUGACUACCCUGAAUAGUCAAUUGAGGAUGUUAGUAUUUUACAUUAUUAGCCAGGCAAAACAUGUUUUACUGGCGAUUGAAGGAAAUGACUAGCGAGCCGUCAGGCGAGCUUGUCACUUUCAAGAGCCAGUAAACACUGCUACCUGGCGUAUAAUGUACAAUAAUUUAUUUGUCACUCUUCCAGAAGGUAUAUAUACCUACAAGUAAUUAUUCUUGUGAUAAAACUGAUUUUUUGAAAAUAAAUAAGUCUACUAACUUGUAAUAGUUAUUUACAUUUAGUGCAUUUAUGAACAUGAUUACAAUAACGAGUGCGGAAAAUUAGAAAGAUGAGGUCGUAGACCGAGUCGUUCUAAUCAUACGAAUUUUGUAGUCAUGUUUAAACGCACGUGUUAUGUACAACGUUUUAUCUACAAAGCAAAAAUUAAGCAUGUUUUUUCA